AUGGAGCAUUUUCUUAUUGAUCAUGUUUCAAACGAUUAUUCUUUAACAAGAACUGACCAAACGGAACUUCACUACAACUAUAAUCAAAAACAACUAUCUAUCGAAUCAAAUCACCACAGUCAGAACGAACGAACAACGAUAACGGAGACUCUACGAGGUAUAAAGCGCAAGAGCAGUACGGGCAGUGACGAUAUGCAACAGCAACAUCAUUCGUCAUUCCACCAACAACAGCAUCAGCCACAACAUCAUCUUCACCACCACCAUCCUCAUCAUCAUGCUCAACAACAAUCGUCACAUCAUCGCCAAUAUGAAACAUUAUCAAUGCAACAACAUCAGCAGACAACAACAAACGUUGUUACCUUGCAUCCAUCAACGACUAUCCUUCUAAGCGGACCAUUAGCUAGCUCCAAUUCACCCCAACAACAAACACAAUCGAAUUUAGCAAAUUAUUAUGCUGCACAACAACAACAACAACAACAACAACAGCAGCAGCAUUAUGUGAUUAAUUAUCAUCAUACAAAUGGAAAUAAUCAGUAUAGUACAACAACGUCACCUUCAACACCUACACAACAACAUUAUCAGACGAAUACCGAUAAAACAUCUACUGCAAAAGAUCGACAUAAACGUGUUCGAUGUAAACAAUGUGAACCCUGUUGUCGUGAUGAUUGUUCUGAAUGUGUACAUUGUAAAGAUAUGCCCAAAUUUGGUGGUGUUGGAAAAAUGAAACAAUGUUGUUUAACUAAACAGUGCAUUGCCCCGAUCUUACCAUCGACUGCAUCAUGUCAAGUAUGUUCAAAGAAGAAAGGCUCGAGAAAAUUGUCACAAUUGAAACCGGAAGAAAUUCUUUACGAAUGUGAACGCUGUAUGGAAAUACAUCAUUUGCCGUGUUUUCAUACUGCUCAUCCCGAUGCGUCUACUAGCGAAGGUGUGUUCAGUGACGAUAUACCUGAGACGUGGCUAUGUCCAAAAUGUAUCACAGCGAAUACACCUGAACCACCUUUGUAUAAAUUACGACCUAUAGUUCGACGUACAUUAGUAACAACGAAUAAAGGCAAAAAUGGACUGAUCGAAUUACCUUAUCUAGAUCCUUCCCAACAACAGCCACCAUCACAACAACAAAUGAAUAUUAAUCAUCAUCUUUUACAGCAACAACAACAUCAUUCAUUAGCUCAACCAUUACCAUUACCGCACAGUGAACUGCAUCAUUUACACCACGGACAUUUAGAUUUACAUCAUAUCUAUACAACCGGCGGUAGUAAUUCCAACCCGAAUGUCAAUCUUGGAGGGCUGAUACCAAAUCACAAUGAUCUGCACUGCGAUUUGUACUCUGAGCAAUACGAAACAAUGGAGAAUGAAGCCAAAAAGCGUCGUCUUUAUGCAACAAUGUAUGCACCAAAUGGUAAUAAUGACUCAUCUGGAACGUCAACAGAUCCAUCAUCAUCGCUGAAUGGUGGCAGUGGCAACAAUGGACUUGUUGGUCUUGAUGAUCUAUCGACAUCUUUGAAUGAUUCGGAUUUAUAUGUUCCUCAAAUGUUUGCUGUUUGA